CCAUCUUAUGAAACGGUUGUAAGUUGGGUUAACGCUUCAUGGAAUGCAGUUGAUAUUGGAUUGAUUCAACGUGCGUUUAAAAUUUGUGAUGAUAGUGAAAUUAUAAAAGAAAUCGAUCUUAAUGAUAAUACCGAGGAUAAUUAUUAUAAUGAACAGGAAAUGAAUUAUCCAAAUGUAUGGGAUGAUUAA